ACUUGCGCACGGACCACUACAUCGACCACUUUCCAUUUAUGGAAUACGGGACACUCGGUUAACUUUUUCAAAGGCUAGAACUUACUACUUAGCAGACAGCAAGUUGGAUCUGCAACAUGUCUCAAGUAUUUCGUCGGUCCCUCAGUACCCUCAAAAGAGCUCCCCAACUAGCUCAAUCGUUCCCAGUCGCUGAGGAUAGCGCACAGUUUGCUGCUCAUCUAAAUAACGUAUUCCCCUCCCUCCAAUUUCCUCCCGAGCUUGCACAACGUAUCCUCACCCACGGAAGUCACAAGACAGCUGUUCACGGGCACAAUGGGCGCCUUAGCUUUGUAGGACGUCGCGUGCUCGAGUCUUAUUUUCUGCUCUUCCUGCAUUCUGACGCGCGGAAUCAAAACCAUUACGACUUUGAAUCCCUCUCUUCUCGCGCUUUAAAUACCUACCUCUUGGGCGAACACAUUGCCCCUCGGUGGUCUUUGGGUCGUAGUUUGCGAUGGACUCCUACUGUCUCUCAAGAUGUUCUACAGACACACAAAAAUCUCAAAAAGUCAUCCCAAAAACAGCCAGCCGAAGCUGAAUUAGAAAACGCGUUAACGGCGAAUCCUGGUAUCGUCAGGAGUGUAGGUCUUUACAAAGUCAUGGGAGACGCGGUGCAAUCGGUAGUGGGCGGAGUCUAUCAUCAAUUUGGUGGUUCUGUGGCUCAUCGCUUGUUUCACACUCGCAUUCUGCCGCAUAUUCUAUUGCCAGGCAAGGCUGAGGGAGUCCCCUCAGAAUUCCAUCACAAAGCACUGGCACUUUGUGAACGCAUGGGUGGCAUGGACGGGAAUUUAUUGGUUCAAGGGCUUCCGUCAGAUCGUGCUCCUUCGGAGCUUGAGACAGUAGAGACAGUUCAGCCAAAGAGAGUUGCGUAAGUGUGCAUUCUUGGUCGCCGUCUUCUUCUAUCCAAUCUUUUUCCACAGGGCUGCUAGCUUCUGAGUACUCA